GGAGGGAGAGGAAGGGUUGGCCAAGUGGGGCGGAAGGGAGCAUCUGAGCGAGAAGGAAGCAGAAACCUCACCGUUUCUUCCUCUCCGGACUCUGUGCUAGCACUGUAGACGUUUGCAGUUCUCUGCCCAGCCGCUGUGGAAAAUCGGCCUCGAAGUGAUUGAAAUUCCCUGCUUAUAUCAGGCAGCUUGUUUCAGAUCCAUCGUCUUUCUCCCGGAGUGUGAAUGGAAGGAUUCAGUAUGCGCUUCACAUUUAUUAGCUUUGAAGUUUAAAUCCAAUGGAGAAGACUCAAGAAACAGUCCAAAGAAUUCUUCUAGAACCGUAUAAAUACUUACUUCAGUUACCAGGUAAACAAGUGAGAACCAAACUUUCGCAGGCAUUUAAUCAUUGGCUGAAAGUUCCAGAGGACAAGCUACAGAUUAUUAUUGAAGUGACAGAAAUGUUGCAUAAUGCCAGUUUACUCAUCGAUGAUAUUGAAGACAACUCAAAACUCCGACGUGGCUUUCCAGUGGCCCACAGCAUCUAUGGAAUCCCAUCUGUCAUCAAUUCUGCCAAUUAUGUGUAUUUCCUUGGCUUGGAGAAAGUCUUAACCCUUGAUCACCCAGAUGCAGUGAAGCUUUUUACCCGCCAGCUUUUGGAACUCCAUCAGGGACAAGGCCUAGAUAUUUACUGGAGGGAUAAUUACACUUGUCCCACUGAAGAAGAAUAUAAAGCUAUGGUGCUGCAGAAAACAGGUGGACUGUUUGGAUUAGCAGUAGGUCUCAUGCAGUUGUUCUCUGAUUACAAAGAAGAUUUAAAACCACUACUUAAUACACUUGGGCUCUUUUUCCAAAUUAGGGAUGAUUAUGCUAAUCUACACUCCAAAGAAUAUAGUGAAAACAAAAGUUUUUGUGAAGAUCUAACAGAGGGAAAGUUCUCAUUUCCUACUAUUCAUGCUAUUUGGUCAAGGCCUGAAAGCACCCAGGUGCAGAAUAUCUUGCGCCAGAGAACAGAAAACAUAGAUAUAAAAAAAUACUGUGUACAUUAUCUUGAGGAUGUAGGUUCUUUUGAAUACACUCGUAAUACUCUUAAAGAGCUUGAAGCUAAAGCCUAUAAACAGAUUGAUGCACGUGGUGGGAACCCUGAGCUAGUAGCCCUAAUAAAACACUUAAGUAAGAUGUUCAAAGAAGAAAAUGAAUAAUGUUACACCAUUCUUGAUUGGGCCUCAUAGCUUAUUUUAGUUAAUCAUUUUUUUGUCUUUUAGCUUUAUCACCUUUUAAAAAAUUUGUUAUUCUCCAGGAACAGUAAAUAGGUGAGUAGGGGUGGUGCAAGUGAAUUCGUUUUCAUUUAGAAGCCCCUCUGUACAGAUAAUCAAAUUUCAAAGUUGAAAGAAUCAAAAGCAGCCACAGUUAUGUAGGUCUCAUUUGAAUGUCAUAAUUGCAGUGACAGGACAUUGCCACCAACUCUACCCUACUACCAUCAAUGUUGUGUUUAUUCCAUCAAUAAAAAAGACUCGCUUCCAGGAA